CCACAUAUCCGGUAAAAUGUAAACAAUCGGUAGUUUGCGACGGAGUUCACAGUGUCGAAGGCAAGGGUGAAUAAUAAACAUAAAAAAAUAAAAAUAAUGAUAUUUAAUGAAUAUAACCAUCAUGGUAGUGAUGCAUAUUCAUGAACAACAACAACAAAAUCACACCAGCAGGCUGUUGCUCUUUGCUCAGGUGUUGAAAGGUCACUCAGCCAACACUGAAAAGGACAAGUUACACCUUGGUGGCUACAUAAGGCAUACUCCAUGGCUGCUGUGGGCACUUGGUCCUUCUCCCUCCCUGCAGUAGAAAGAAUGCGGUGCAUGAUUCUAGCUGGACAAAAUUCCACUGAUGUUGUAGAGAACGCAAUAGCAGAUGUCGAGAAUGAUGUGCAGACAGGUCGUUAUAUAGUUGGAAGAGGAGGCUUCCCUAAUAGCAAGGGAAUAGUUGAAUGUGAUGCAGCAGUAAUGGAAGGUGUGCCUGGGAGAUUUGGGGCAGUAGCUGCAUUGCGCGGUGUAGGGCAGCCAAGUCGGGUUGCACGCAAAGUAAUGGAGAGAAGUCCUCACAGCUUUUUAGUUGGUGAAGGAGCUGAAGCUUUUGCACGGGAACAGGGUUUUACCAUUGAGCCUAAUAACGACAUGCCCUCAGCCUAUGCAGCUACUGCAUAUCAGGAAUUUCUUGAAAACGGGACACAAGUAAGAGGCCAUGAUACUAUUAGUCUCAUUGCUUUGGAUCUUACAGGAAACAUAACUGUUGGGGUUUCUACAUCAGGAAAACCCUUUAAGGCUCCAGGGAGAGUGGGGGACUCUUCACUUCCUGGCUGUGGCCUAUAUGCUGACCACACAGUGGGUGCUGCAGCAGCAACAGGCGAUGGAGACAAAAUCAUGUGCUACUGUCCUAGCUUUCACAUUGUACAGCUGAUGAGACAGGGUUUGUCUCCUAAAGAAGCCUGUUGUUCUGUCCUGGCUGAUAUAAAGAAAAGAACAGCAGAAGACAAAUGCUUUGAGAUUGGGCUUAUUGCCUUAAACCUGAAGGGAGAUGUUGGUGCAGCCUCCUCAGUGGAAUUCCCAUAUGCUUUCUGGAACCAGGGAAUGGAUUCAGUAGAAAAACAUGUCCUUUCUUAUUAAAUUUCCUCUUCAGUCCCAACAUUACCAAUGUAUAGAAUUUCAAGAGAUAAAAAUCUAGUAUUGCAUUAUGAUUUGUACAGCUUAUACCUUAUGAAAAAAUAUUAUGUAUACGUAAUUGCUACUGUAGUAAAGUAUUUAGAAAUAUAAUUAAUUGUAUAUAUAUAGUGUAUGUUGUUACAGUAUGUUGUAUAUAUAUUUCUGAUACAGCUCUGGAAAAAACAAGAGACCACUGAAAAAUAAUCAGUUUCUUAUGUUUUUUUCUUACAGGUGCAUGUAUUGGUGAGAUGAACAGUUUUGUUUCAUUUUUUGUGAACUGCUGACAAUAUUUCUCCUAAAUUCAAAAUAUAACUAUUGUUAUUUAGAGUGUAUAUUUAAAGGAAAUGACAACACAUCAAAAUAACCCAAGAUCAUGCAGUAUUUGCAGAGCUUUAAUAACUCAAAUAAAACAAAAUGCAAAUAAUUUGUAAACAAAUUGUGUUAAUGCUUUGGCUAAAUAACAUUAAGAAAUUAGUAUGUGGUGAAAUAACCCUGAUUUGCAUGUGUUUUGGCUCCAUGCUCUCCACCAGUUUUUCACGUUGGGGAACUUUAUAUCACUCUAUUUGCAAAAAAGCAAACAGCUCAGUUUUGCUUGAUGGUUUGUGACCAUCCAUCUUCCUCUUGAUGACAUUCCAGAGGUUUUCAAUAGGGUUCAAAUCUGGAGAUUGGGCAGUGGUCUCUUAUUUUUUCCAGAGCUGUAUAUGAAUUGUCUAAUAUUGUUGGAAUUCCUUAUUGUAGGGAAUAACCUGAUCAGAUUCAGGAUUAUCUAUCUAUCUAUCUAUCUAGAUAGAUAGAUAGAUAGAUAGAUAGAUAGAUAGAUAGAUAGAUAGAUAGAUAGAUAGAUACUUUAUUCAUCCCAAUGGGAAAUUUACGUCUUCCAGCAGUAUCCACAAGCAUAGGUAAUAAAGUAAUAAAUAAAAAGAUAUAACAGAUAGAUUAGAUAUAUAACAAAAAAUACUAAAUACUGGAAUUUAAGGGUACAAUAUAUAUAUAUAUAACAAGAUAUAAUAAAAUAAAAUAUAAAAAAAAAUUCAGAUUCCUCAUUUCUCUCUCAUACACACACACGGAGGUUAUUGAUCAGUGAUUCAUAUUCACACCAGUCUAUGCCACGUUUCACUAAUGACGUAAUUUUUACCUCUUAUGAUAGAGGGCAGGAUUGCAGUAGUAGCGAGUGAGACGGCCUAACAACUAUGAACUCAUUA